UGGGGAGCUGAGGUGUAGGGGGGGUAGGGACAACAAAACACCCCCUCACAACCCCUGAGCUCUGGAAUAGCACAUUAAAAAUAUUUCCCUCAUCAUACUGGAUGAGGACAGAAUCCACCAAUGAAAAUGGGUGAUUAACCAGCUAUGAAACUCCAAAACGUACUUUUACACAUUCUUUUACAAUGAAACACCGUAUACAUUUCAGUGUGUGCCUCCCCCGCCUUCCUUUUCUAUCCUCCAGGCCUGAAUAUCGACGUGGCCAUAGAUUGUUGGGUAUCCUAUUUUCCUACCUCUUUUUUAUUUGCGCGGUUUUAAAAGCGCGUUAACAGAUCCUAAUGCGACUCUGGGCCCGAUUGGCUGGUUAAGCCUGAGGACUGGAGCAUCUUCCUUGGUGGCGGGUGGGUGUAAGGAGGAGGCGGCUGAAGGCUCUUCUCGGGUCGGGUAACGCAGCGGACCCUCAUCAUUGGACUGCGUCGUGAGCAAGUGGGAGCGCUCUGAGGUAGGGAGAGAAGGGGCACAAAGGGGGGGAGUCCACCACACAGGGACUCGGAGAAGCUUUAAUAAAAGGCAAAGUGCCUCUGCUGGACAGUGUUGUAAAGGAGGACAAACCAGAAGUCAAGAAGAACACCUAAAAGGGUGACCACGACUGUUCCUGCUUCUUGGAACACCCUUUACCCAGGCUUCCAGCCCAGGCCCCCGCGAGCCAGGUGAGCGACCGCCACCUCCCCUGCGUCUGCAGGACCAGCUCCUCCAUGAACUUGCCAAGAGCUACGCGCCUUCGCUCCACACCGCCGCGCAGCCUCCGGGGCUCCGACGGGGAAGACGGAGAGAUCGAUAUCCUGGGAGAGGAGGAGGAUGAAGACGAGGAGGAGGAAGAAGACGAGGAGGCCGAGGGGAGCCAGCGAUUCCUAGAGCAGCUGCACCAGCCGGGGCCGCAGGGGGCACGGCGGGGCGCGGGCGCGCUUCCCCGGGAGCGCACUGAGAGCGGCGGCGGCCCUAGCGACUCCACCGAGUUUGGCACCACGUUCAGUGCAUCGACCGGGUCUGCGGCGGCCUCUGGGGAUGCCCCGCAGCCGGCGAAGCCCCCCUACUCAUACAUCGCGCUCAUCACCAUGGCCAUCCUGCAGAGCCCGCACAAGCGCCUCACGCUCAGCGGCAUCUGCGCCUUCAUCAGCGGCCGCUUCCCGUACUACCGCCGCAAGUUCCCGGCCUGGCAGAACAGCAUCCGCCACAACCUCUCGCUCAACGACUGCUUCGUCAAGAUCCCCCGCGAGCCGGGCCACCCGGGCAAAGGCAACUACUGGAGCCUGGACCCCGCCUCCCAGGACAUGUUCGACAACGGCAGCUUCCUCCGGCGCAGGAAGCGCUUCAAGCGCCACCGCCCGCCCCCAGGAGCCCACCUGCAUCACCCCUUCCCCCUGCCCGCUGCGCCUGCCGCCUUGCACGGCCCCUACGCGGGCCUGCUCCUCGGGUCCCCGGCCCCGCCGCAGCCUGUCCCGGGGGCCUACCCCGCCGCCGCCCCCGGGAGCCGCCCGUGCGCCCUGCUGCACCCUCAUCCCCUUCGCUACCUGCUGCUCUCGGCCCCGGCCUACGCUGAGGCGCCGAGAAAAGCGCAAGGCGCGGACCUGGCGACCCCGGCGCCCUUCCGGCGCUGCAGCCCUCGCUGGGCUCCCAGCCUUGGGAAGAGGGCAAGGGGCCUGCGUCGCGGCCGGGAGGAGGAUGCACCUCUUUCAGCAUCGAGAGUAUCAUGCAAGGGGUCCGGGGAGGGGAUACUGGGGCCGCGCAGAGCCUGCCCCCGACCCCGUGGGGCUACUGCCACCUGCUGCAGCGCCCGUCGAGCCUGUUGCAUACCCAGGCUCCUGCCCCCUUGCUGCAUGUGUCCGCUGCCGCCGCCGCGUCCGCUGCCCGGACGAUUUUGCAGCAGCAGCGGCAGCAGGACUGUGCUAACGGCUGCGCUCCCAGCAAGGGCGCGCUGCUGGGCCGGCACCUGUCUGCCACCGCGGCGUUGCUAGGGUGUCAGCUCGGAGCAGAGGGCUCUAGGCUGACGUCGCUGGUCGCCCAUUCUGGCAGAGAGGAGGAACCUCGC